UUUUUUCCUUUCAAAAGGCUCCGCCCUGCAAGUGCACAGGCACCAUUUUGUUUUAUUCAUCUUUGCAGUCGACGGUUGUAGAGAUAGACUUAAAACAAAAUAAGUAAUAGCUGUGUGAUUCACUAACGUUGAUUAAACGAAACUUUCAGCAUGAGCGGAUGUCGUAUAUUCAUCGGCCGCCUGAGCCCGUCGGCCAGAGAGAAGGAUGUGGAGAGGUUUUUCAAAGGAUACGGCCGCAUUCGGGACAUUGACCUAAAGAGAGGCUUCGGCUUCGUGGAGUUUGACGAUCCCAGAGAUGCUGAAGAUGCUGUUUAUGAACUCGAUGGAAAAGAGCUGUGCAAUGAAAGAGUCACCAUUGAACAUGCUCGUGUGCGCCUGCGGGGUAGCCGUGGACGAGGAGGUGGCGGUGGAGGAGGACGCUUCUCUGACCGCUAUGGAAGAGGUUCCCAGAACAGUCGGAGCCGAAACCCUCCUCCAAUGCGCACCGAGAACCGUCUGAUUGUGGAGAACUUGUCCUCCCGUGUGAGCUGGCAGGACCUGAAAGAUUUCAUGAGACAAGCUGGAGAGGUGACAUUCGCAGACGCACAUCGCCCAAAACUCAAUGAAGGGGUGGUUGAGUUUGCCUCUCACAGUGAUCUGAAAAAUGCUAUGGAAAAACUUUCUGGAAAGGAAAUCAAUGGAAGGAAAAUCAAACUCAUUGAAGCUGCCAAAAAGAGGUCAAGAAGCCGUUCCCGCUCGGACAGCUCUUCCCGCUCUCGCUCCCGUUCCCGCGGUCGCUCCCAGUCCCGUGGCCGCUCACAGUCCCGCGGCCGCUCCCAGUCACGCUCUCCCAGACGUUCCCGAAGCCCCGCCAAGGCCCACCACCAUUCCCGCUCCCGUUCUCGUUCCCGCUCCCGUAGUGGCACGCCUGCACGCGGCGCCUCAUCGCCAAGCCCCAAAUCCAAGGAGCCCAACAAGCGCUCAUCCAAGACUAGCAAAUCUGUAACUCCGUCCUCGCCUCCGCCGGCUCAGAGGGCCUCCAGAUCCCGUUCUCGGUCGAGAUCCCGUUCACGUUCCCGUUCUCGCUCCAGGUCUCCUCGUUCCCGCUCACCUCGCUCCCGCUCACCUUCUACUGACAGUCAACGCUAACUUGGUAAAAAUCCGCAGUAGAAGCAACUAGGAGGGGUUGGUUGAGGCAAACUCCCGUUGCCUCCUUUGAAUACGGAGAGAUGAAUUUUCUUCAAGCAAAUUUAGUUUUUGUUUGGAUUGUUCUUGUGACUGUCCUCAAGUUUUGUCUUUUUGUUUUUACCAACACAUUAACGGUGAUAAAGAAAUUCAUUUGAAUUUUUUUUCUCUUUACAAUUUUUUUUUUUUGUUUUCUUAUCGAUUGGCAGAUUAUUUCCAGAAUGCUUUGUGUUGCCUCAGCUCUAGAAAUCGAUCCAUUCAAGAGUUAUGACUCAGCAGUUUAGUUGAUAAAAUAGUAAAAGGAGCUACCGUAACAUCCAGGUUACAGAUCCUUAAUAAAAA